AUGGUGCUGAGGAAGAAGAUUAACCGAGAGCUUGAAGAAAGGACUGUGCUGUGUAACCAUCCAGAAAUGACUUUGAUUCCUUCUAACAUUCCUGCUGACACGCUGAAACUGGUGAUUGAGAAAACAUUAAUCAAACAAGUCUCUGCACAAGCAUUCUCUUCUGCUUCUAAUCUGGAGUGUCUCAGGGUGUCCUUCAAUCCCAUCAGCAACUUCAGUGGGGAGAGUCUUCAGGGUCUGAUCAGACUGAGGGAGCUUCGCCUGAAUGGCAAUGCACUUUCAACCUUUCCAUGGGAAGCCCUCUCCCGCUUGCCACAUCUCUGGCUGCUUGAUCUACACAGCAAUGUCCUUCCAUCAUUCCCCACCCAAGCAGCCACUUACUUCAAAAACAUCACCUACCUGGAUUUAUCAAAUAACAGGUUGACAACACUUUCAUCUAGUGUGAUCUCAACGUGGCUGAUGGUUCCACAGGCGGCCAAAGUGAUCUCAUCCACUGGUAAUUCAAAACUGAUCAUAGGAUUACAUAACAACCCUUGGGAAUGUGACUGCAGAUUAUCAGAACUAGUUAAUUUUGUUAAGAUGCACAAUCCAACAACAGCAUUGAUGGAUCCUCGAUUAAAGUGCUCCAGGCCAGAACACCUCACCGGAGCUCUCUUCAGCAACAUAGAGCUAAAUAAAUGCCAGACCCCAAGCAUACACGUCGCAGAAGGUAAAGUGAUCGCAGUGACAGGGAGCACAGUCUCACUUCAUUGUACAAUGACAGGAGUUCCCACCCCUACCGUCAGCUGGAGUCGACUGGAUAAUAAUCUGCUGAAUGGGACAGUGAUACUGGACAAUACUGACAAGACACUAAAGUGGUCUACGCUCAGCCUAUCAGAUGUAUCCCAUCAGGACUCUAGUGAAUAUUUGUGUCGAGCAAGUAAUUUGAUGGGAAUAUCUAGUGCUACAAUUUCCCUUCUCGUGGUUGACUCUGCCAUGGCAGUAGAACCAAUCAAGAGCACGUCGAAAAGGAGAUGUCUCAGAAAAAUGAGAAAUCAGAAGGCUGCCACACGCAAUAGGAAGCUGAUGGACAGAUAUGUGAGUACCCUAACCUCCACAGUGUCACCAAGAGAGAUGCCAAGGGGCUCUUAUUCCAUUGGUAGGACAGACUACUUUGUCAUGCACCAUCAUCAGAUGAAUCCAAAUCAAAAUGUCCCAGAGAUUGUUUCCCUCAAGAUGAAUCCUUCCAAAAUUAAUAGCUUGUUGGAAAAUCGAAGAAGCAUCGAUGAUUCCCGCAAUAUAACAUCGAGUCCCCCUUCAACCCAACCUGAAGCAGACUGCUUAGUAAGAACCGUCAGAGUCAUAGGGGGUACCUAUCAUAGUGUUUCCUUGGCUUGGAGAUCACCUAAGGCAACAAACAUCACUCUUUUUAGUAUCUUAUAUACUACUUUUGGUGAAAGGGACAUGAGCAGAAUAAAUGUGGGCCCUGGGAAGACCAAGAUCACUAUUGAUGGUUUGAAGCCACAAACCAAGUACAUUGUCUGCGUUUGUGUCAAAGGAAUCAUACCCAAGAAAGAGCAGUGUGUGAUUUUCUCCACUGAUGAGGUGGCUCAUGCAAGUGGUACGCAGAAACUGAUUAACGCUGUGGUGAUCACUGUGGCCUGUGUAAUUGUGGUCCCUCUCACCCUCAUUGUCUGCUGUGGGGCCUUAAAGAGACGCUGCAGGAAGUUUCUGAUUAAACCCCCAGAAGACGAUUACCAAAACAACUCGUUUGUUACAUUUGAAAGCUUGGCAAUGGGGCCAGGACCAAGUGUUACAGAAGAAGAAUAUAUGACUCAUCACAAUAAAGAUGAGGCCAACAGACUGUUGUCACCAAGGUCCAGUUUGGAUUCCGAAGAAGCAACUAACAAUGAAGCACAACAACAUGAAUAUUUCUGUUGA